AUGGGCUGCUGCUAAACACUUGAUCCAAGGCCUCCAUAUAGUUAUAUUUAGUAACCUUAAUUGUAGUUUUAAUAGGUAAAAGAAAAAAGAUAGCAAAUAGUUGUUGAGCCUACAUUUAUUUCAUCAACUAAUGUUGCUCAAACAAAGCAAAAAGAUAUCAGAUUAGAAAGACUUCUUUAAGAAUAAUCUUUUGUUGAGGAUUAUAGGUGCGAUUUUAUUAUUAACUAUCUCGUAAUUGAUAAUAUCGAGCAAUACCACUCUGUCAGAGGAGAUCUUUACUUAUUUGAUAGAAUUUUAUAUUUUUAUUGUCCUGCAUAAACAUAAGUGCAUCCCUAUGGCGAAUUCAUAAGAUAUAUGGAAAAGGAUUAAAUCAAACUAAUUAUCAGAUAAACAAACGACACAUUUAGAUUUAUUUUAAAAAACGACCAAGAGUUUAUGUUUAAAGUUUGUAAACAGAGCGAUUUAUUUGCAAUUACAGAAAGAUUAGUAUAAAUAGCUAAAUAAUUAGGGCUAGUGUCCUAAUUAUGA